UCUAGUUUAUUUUUUGUACGUCUUACCUCGAUCGGUGUAGAUGGUAAGACAUGUGUGUUUUGAGAUGUCAAUGAUUACCCAAUCCCAGAUGGUCUCGAUCCUGCUUGGAUUUACCGAAGUAUGAAAGAGGCUGUCAAGAAGCAUGGUUGUGAUGCUGAGGUGUCGUCGACUCAUGCUUAUGCUGAUGAUAAUACGUUCUCGGAUGAACUGCGUCGUCAAUGUUUGGAUGCUGGAUUCGAAUUCGAAGUCUUUAGCCCAGGGGGUGAUCAUGCGAGACACUGUACCAUGCAUUGUGACAUGGUGAUGUGGGCAUUCAAACAUCCUAAACCUCCUUUAAAUCUGAUUGUACUGGAAAAAGUAAUCCAUCUCCAAGGCAAUCGCGAAGGCGAUUUUUAUACUUUUAUGAGCGCUUUGCGUUUUAGUCGUCAUGUUGUUCUCUUUUCCGAAGAAAAACAAAAAUGGCCUGGUGCCCCCUUGUUUACUAGCAUAUUUGAUGGAGCAAACAAUAUUAGCGGAAGCUCUCAACGUAAGCGGAAGCUAGCUAGUACGGCUGUUUCCAUAGACUAACUAUUGGUCCCCUUGCAAAUCUUCCAAUGUUGUUGUUUGUUUUGGUUACCAUUGUGAUGAGGGUUGAAACGUUUAUAUUAUUUGUCUAUCUAUAAUGUGCUUUUGGACAUAAUAAAUAAGUGGCCCUGAUCCUAAUCUUCAUCAUUCUAUUCCA